UGAACAUCAGUGUAAACAGUGAAUUGAAAUAGAUUUAACAGAGAUAAAUAUUUAUAAAAAGAAAGAAAGAAAGCCAGCAAAUAAGUUCGAUUCAUUAUUGAACGAACGAUAAAUAAAAGUAAAUAUAAAAAAUGCAAGAUGAAUUAGUAUUAGAUUAUGAAGCAGAGCAAGCAACAGCAAUCUCUGUUGAUGAAGAAGAGGACGAUAAUGUGACAGUGACAAUAAAUAAUUCAGCACAAAUAAAUUAUCCAACAGUGGCUUAUGUUUAUAACAAGGAAGAUAACACAUACAAUGUUACCAACAGUGAACUUGAGCUUAAAAGUCGUAUAGACAUGAGUCGUCUGAACAAACAAUUGGAAAGUUGUCACACAGACUCACAUCUAAGACAAUAUUAUGAAAUAAAACAACAUUAUUUCUUUUUGCAAAAUGUCCCUCUAACACAACGCAUCAAUGUUCCAAUCUUUACUGAUAGGGUUACCGACACUGUCACCAGAGUCCUGGUUAUUCCUUACAUUGUACAGAAGCCAUCAAUUCACGAAGUGAUCUACAACCUGGUCAAUGGACCCUGGCUGGCCAAACCAAAGCAGAAUGUCUUCAAAAUAUCUGCUGACUAUAUCAACAAAUAUAUGGACCAAGUGAAUACUAAUGAGCUUUGGAAGACAUCAAAGCACCUGAAGCUGGAUAGCAAACAUAUAGGAAUUUUAGCAACAUCUUAUUUCAAAGUGGGUAAAGCUAAAUGUCUAGCAAGCAUCACCGUAGGAUUCUUUCAGAUUGAAAAUCAAAUAAAGUUAUUGGAUUUUGUGACGGUGAAUCAUUCAAAUGUGAAGAACUUUCAGCACAAUGAGGACCAAUUAAGAGAGAUGAUCAAGAAGUAUGAUGUAGAGAAAAUUUUCUGCUGGUUACCGAAUUAUGGUACCAUCUACAAUGCACUUUUUGGUAAUGUCUAUUGGUUCAACAAAGUUCUGGUUAAUUCUGAUGGCAGAAAUCGUUUGUAUAAUUUAUUUGGCAAGAUGUCGAUGGAGAAGAACCUGGACACCAAAAGUAUUUGUGUUAACUCCAUUGAACACAGUGAAUUCUGCAGCUUUUGCAACAUGAUAAGACUAGGAAUUAAAUUAUUUAAUGUUAAUGAACAUCAAAUACCAUUGAAUUUAACUGAUAAUCAAGACACAGAUCAUGAGAUAGGUUUUAGAAAUAAAAGAAAUAAUGUAAUCAACUCUUCUAAUACUUUGGGAAAACAAUCAACUCAUUUCAACCAUGGAUGUCAUAAGUUGAAUUCUAGAGGCAUGCGUACUUCCAAGAUGCUGAAUGCUAAUAAUUCCUGUCAUAUUAAUUCGCUUGGUGGAUUUAGAACCAAGCAGAACCGGUGUAAUCAUAAAGAAUGUCUUCUUCAAGGCCAGAAUAAGUUGGCUGAUAAGAAAGAUGAUUUUUUUGGGCCUCUUUUUUCACAUAAUCAUCAUUAUAGACAUCAUGCUCAACGAAAUCGACAUCACUGUCAUUGAAACCAUCAGCGAUGUCUCAACAAAGAAGAAUAAAAUGUACAAAUGAUAGAAUAAAUUAGUUUAAUGAGGAAAAAAUAUUUCAUUCUUUCUUUGUAAAAUACUUCACCUCCUAGAUUAUUCUUUGAUCUAUUUAAUUCUUAAGUUAGCAAAGAAUUGAUUCGUUGGACUAGAGGUUUAGGUCUUUGCAAUUGGAAUCAAUGUGUUUAAUUUAAUUUGUAAUAAAUUUA